AUGUCGGAGAAGUUCUCAGCCACGCUAAGAAUUGGCGACUUGAACGAUUACAUAGCACCGUCGCAGGGCUGCGUGAUCAAAACUGAGAAUGCAGGGAGAGCUAGGAAUACUCCUAAAGCAACUCAAACCGAGCCGGUGAAGAUAUCUCUCAAAGACUGUUUAGCGUGCAGUGGAUGCAUAACAUCUGCAGAGACUGUUAUGCUUGAGAAGCAGAGUUUAGAUGAGUUUCUUUCGAACCUCAACAAAGGAAAAGCUGUAAUCGUGUCUCUUUCUCCCCAGUCUAGAGCUUCUCUUGCUGUUCACUUCGGUCUUUCUCCCCUUCAGGUCUUUCGGAAACUUACCACAUUGUUGAAGUCUUUGGGAGCGAAAGCCGUAUUUGAUACCAGUAGCAGUCGAGAUUUAACGCUUGUGGAGUCUUGUAAUGAGUUCCUAACACGUUAUAAACAUAAAAAUUCAGCCGAUGAUAAGUCAAAAUCAUCUCUUCCCAUGAUUUCAUCGGCUUGUCCAGGUUGGAUAUGCUAUGCCGAAAAGACUCUUGGAUCUUAUAUUCUUCCAUAUAUUUCUUCUGUAAAAAGUCCACAACAAACUAUAGGAGCUACCAUCAAGAACCACAUAUGUGAAGAGCUACAUAUUAGGGAGGAGAUAUAUCAUGUCACUGUGAUGCCCUGUUAUGAUAAAAAGCUCGAGGCUGCUCGGGAUGACUUUGUAUUCCAAGUGGAUUCUGAUAGCGAGAGAGUUACAGAGGUUGACUCAGUAUUGACAACCGGAGAGAUUUUAGAUCUAAUUCAGAUGAAAUCUGUUGAUUUUACAACCUUGGAAGAAUCUCCAGUCGAUAAACAGUUGUCAAAUGUUGAUGAAGAUGACAAUCUCUAUGGUGUCUGGGGAAGCUCCGGAGGUUAUGCCGACACAAUUUUCCGGCACGCUGCAAAAGUGCUUUUCGAGAAGGAAAUUGAAGGUCCCCUCGAGUAUAAGACAAUAAAGAACGCUGAUUUUCGUGAAGUGAUUCUUGAAGUAGAUGGUAAAACUGUGCUGAGAUUUGCAGUGUGUUACGGAUUUAGGAACCUACGCAACAUUGUCACAAAAUUAAAAUCAAGAAAGUGCGAAUAUCAUUUUCUGGAGAUUAUGGCAUGCCCUUCAGGAUGCCUCAAUGGUGGAGGUCAAAUCAAACCCAAACCCGGCCAAUCUGUUAAAGAUUUGAUCCAGCUGUUAGAAACAGCAUAUUCUGAAAAUGUAAAAAUGGUCGAUCCUUUUGAAAACCCUCGAAUCAAGAGAUUGUACAAUGAGUGGCUCGGCCAACCGGGUUCAGAGGUAGCCAAAAGACAUCUUCACACUGAAUAUCAUCCAGUCGUGAAGAGCAUCUCAUCUGAGCUGCAAAACUGGUGA